AUGAAACUCGCAGUUGCUGUAUUGUCAUCGAUCCUGUUUGUUUGUUCAGCUACUACAGCCAGCCCAGUCAAUCCCAGUGCAGCUAAAAAUACUGGAGCUAGCACUUCAACCUUCAUUCCUAGUGAAAACGGUAUAGGCUUGGGUGCUCUUGAUGAUCCAAUUCCAGGUAACGUCAAGUAUUUACUCGACAAAUACGUAGAGAUACAGGAUGGUCGUAAUCAGCAAAGCAAGAUAUAUUGGCCGUUAAAAUCUCGACAUGACGAUCAAUGUGACGUGGUAAUGGGCUAUGAAAAAGAUUUUGAAAUUCUGAAAUUUGAAGCUCAAAAAGGCAAUGGCAAUCCAAAAAAUGGUGAAUUUCAAAAGGCUAAGCUUGAUCAUGAAAAACAACUAUCCAAACUUGACAAAAUUCGAAAAAGUUUUGAUGAGUGCCAGUUCAAGAUUGGUCUUCUUGUACAAAAAAAGUGGGAAACCGAUAAACAGAUUGUGAGUCUCAUUUUAGGAACCCCUCUGGAUCUUGCAUUAUUUAAAUACCAAGCCUUGCUUAUCAGAGGAACGCCUUCCGUUAAAGAUUACCUUGAACAACAAUCAUCAAAAUACGAGAGUCUUGGCCAAAACCCUAUUGAUCAAGAAUAUCAGAAUCCUAUUGAUCAAGAAUACCAGAAUCCUAGUGAUCAACAAUGUCAAGACUCGCAAUCGUCAUUGGAUACACCAUCUGGAUCUGGAUCCUUUGAACAGAAAGUGCCCUCCAAUAAACGUCAAGGUUUUUCCAAGUUUAUGAGUAGAUUGGGAUCAUUCUUUGGACGACCCAAACGUGAGGAUCGCGAACCAUUGAUUUGA